AUGCCGUCACCUCCUCUGAGCCCUGAGGCUACAGGCCAGUCAACGACAAAUGCAGCAGCCACAGCCUCACCGCCAGUCGCAACUCCAGAUGACGAUACAGGCGACUCUGCACUUGGGGACGACGACGACGACGACGGCAGUAAUCUUAAUUAUGGAUCGGUGUCGUCAAGCAUCUACAACUUCCGGGUCGAAAAUGGAAGGACGUAUCAUGCUUACUCAGAUGGAAAAUCUUCUCUUCCCAACGAUGAGCGAGAGCAAGAUAGGAUGGACCUGGUAUACCACGCCAUCUUGCGAAUGUUUGAUGGGAAGGCGUUCUUUGCCCCGGCAGAGAAUAUCCAGAGAAUAGUAGACAUGGGAACAGGCACAGGCAAGGCAUAUGGGCACUGGACGUCGGCGACCAGUAUCCAGAAGCGCACGUCAUUGGCUGUCCAGUUCCGGAUCGACGACCUCGAGCACCCCUGGGUAUUUGAAAAGCCCAUCGAUCUCGUUCACAGUCGACUAUGCUCCGGUAAUGCUAUUCGGUCCUGGCCCGACUACCUCGCUGAAAGUUUCCGUUGUCUCCGUCCGGGGGGCUGGGUCGAAGCACAAGAAUUCGAUCUUGCUCCCCAGAGUGAUGACGACUCCUUUCCAGCUGACAGCGCCAUCAUCAGAUGGCACAACCUUUUCCAUGAAGGCAUGCUGAGAGCUGGUUGCGAAAUGCGCUGCUCGUCUGCGAAGCUGAAAGAAGAGAUGGAGAAAGCUGGGUUUGUAAAUGUCCAAAGUGUUGACAUGAUGGUGCCGAUUUAUUAG